AUGAUAAAGAACCCAAGCGCGGUUCGAUUCAAUCGUUUUUUCGGUCGUCUUUCAAAAAAAAAGUUGAACAACUCUGCAGCUAUGGAUAUUGAUCAACCUUCACAAACACAUCAACCAGAUGAAACAACUUCUUGCCCAUCAGACACAACUUCGAAAUCAUUAUCAUCAACUUCACCAGCGGUUUCUCUAUCGUCAUUAAUAGCUUCACGUUCACCACCAUUAUCUAUCAGAUCAAUAUCUUCACCAACGCAUUAUUCACCAUCGAUUUCUUCAGUACCACAAUUUACAUCAUCAAUGUCACCACCUCCACAAUAUGUAUCAUCAGCAUCUACAUCUCCACCACGUACAUCAUCAAUAUCUUCACCAACGGAAUGUUCGUCUACAAUUUCACCAUCAAGAUGUUCAUCAACCAUAUCUUCUCCAGAACAACGUUCAACAUCAUUAUCUUUGUCACCAUUAUCUCUAUCACCGAAAACUUCAGUAGGUAGAGCAAAUUCGUCUAUUCCAUUGGACCAUAGUCAUUCUUCAAAAGAAUUACCAGCACAACCUAAAUUAUCUUCAUACCCAACGAAUAAACAUGGUCGAUCAUUUCGUUCGAUUUGGUAUUCAAAUUUUCCAUGGUUAGAGUAUUCAAUAAAACAGGAUGCAGUUUUUUGCUAUUAUUGUCGCCAUUUUAGUGAAGGUUUUAACUUAUUGAGUCGACAACAAAGCGACGCAUUUUUAACUGGUUAUAACAACUGGAAGAACGCUAUUGCAAAGAACUAUGGUUUUUCCAGACAUGAAACAAGUGCAGCGCAUAAAUUUGCGUGUGCAAAUUAUCAACAAUUUGCUCUACGAACAAGUACUGAAACAACUAUUAUGAAUGUUAUUGAUAAAUCACGUGUUGAAUUAAUUUAA